AUGACGGCUCCGAUAUAUCGCAAGGAGAAGCUGGAACAGGCGCCCACUGAUGUGGCCGAGCUGGCAUCCGACGAGUCCACGUCCAACGAGAUCUGGAAUGCGCUGGUGACCGAAGACCAUCAACAUGAGAUCCAACUCCGAACCAUGUCCUGGCAAAAGGCCGCCUGGUUGCUCGCCGGAGACCAAGUCUGUCUGGCCAUCAUGGCUCAAUCCUGGUCACUCUCCGUGCUCGGAUGGGUGCCCGGCAUCAUCACCAUGGUUGUGUCCGGCGCUCUCUUCUGGGUCACCUCCCUCACCAUGCACAAGUACAUCAUGAAGCACCCGCAAAUCAGGAACAUUUGCGACUUUGGCUACUAUGUCUUCGGCAAAAGCCAGACGGCGUACAUCUUUUCCGGCUUCAUGUUGCUGGCUAACAACAUCCUGCUGAUCGGUUUCCACAUCCUGACUGGAGCCAAGGUGCUUGAUACACUGUCCGAUCACUCCCUGUGUACCGUGACCUUCUCUGCGAUCGUGAUGGUCAUGGGCAUCGUCCUGUCCGCCCCAAGAACCCUGCGUCAUGUCUCCUUCAUGUCGAUGUUCUCGGCGGCUUGUAUGGGUCUGGCCAUCCUGUUGUUCCUCAUUUUCGCGGGAAUUGAGACGGCACCCCUGGACUUUCCGACCGAUGGUCCUGUGCGAACAUACGCCUUCCCCUUGCCCGGCACCAGCUGGGUGGAUUGCAUGAACGCCGUGCUGAACAUCACCUUCCUCUGGGUGCCCCAGAUUCUCUUCCCCACCUUCAUCGCAGAGAUGGAGCACCCGGAGGACUUCCCCAAGUCCCUGGCGGUCUUGGCCAUCAUUUCCACCGUUCUCUUCAUCGUGCCGCCCGCCAUCGGCUUCCGCUACCUGGGCCAAUACGCCACUGCGCCCGCUUUUGGCAGUCUGGAUCUUGCUAAGUACAGGAAGGCCUCCUUUGGUUUUGUCAUCGUGCCUACAUUAAUCAUCGGCGCCAUCUACGCCAACGUCACCGCUAAAUUCAUCUAUUCUCACCUGUUGGGCACCUCCAGACACGCACACAGCAACACCGUCGUGGGAUGGGGAGUGUGGGCCCUGGUGAUGAUUGGCAUCUGGGUACUGGGAUUCAUUUUUUCCGAGGUCGUCCCCAGCAUGGGCGACUUUCUGUCGUUGCUGGGUGCCGCCUUUGACUCCUUCUUCGGCUUCAUCUUCUUCGCCGUAGCGUACUGGCAUUUGUACCGGGGGAAGCUCUUUGCGGGACUCGGGCGCACGAGCAUGACCCUGCUGCAUGCCUUCAUCAUGGCUUGUGGCCUGUUUCUGUUGGGACCGGGUCUGUAUGCGGCAGUCGAGGCCAUCAUCACGGAUUACUCGGGGUCGGUUUCCCCGGCGUUCAGUUGUGCCAGUCUGGGAAUCUGA